AUGACUGCCCUGGAGGACUCUGUCGCUCUGAUGGCGAUCGAGGACAUCGGAGGCGCCUCGGUUACCAAGAAGCCCUCGGCCGCCUUCAGCUCGAACCUCGUGCCUGAGGAGAUCCUCAAUGACGAGGAGCUCAAUGCGGCCAUUCAGCAGUUGCCGACCAACUACAACUUCGAGAUCCACAAGACCGUGUGGCGCUUGCGCCGGGAUAAGGUCAAGCGGGUCGGCAUGCAGUUCCCCGAGGGCUUGAUGAUGUAUGCAUGCCCGAUCAGUGACAUCCUGGAGAGGUUCUGCGAUGUGACCUGUGUCAUCCUUGGCGAUGUCACCUAUGGCGCCUGUUGCAUCGAUGACUUCUCAGCCAUGGCGGCCGGAUGCGACUUCCUCCUGCACUAUGGCCACAGCUGCCUGGUUCCGAUUGACGUUACCGGCAUCAUCACCAUGUACAUUUUCGUGGAUAUUUCCGUCGAUGUCAAGCACUUCAUCGAGACGGUCAGGUUGAAUUUCCCCCCCCAGUCAAAGCUGGCCUUUGUCGGGACAGUCCAAUUCCUGGCCUCCCUGUCAAUGGCGAGCAAGGUCCUGGCUGAUGAAUUCCAGAUCACGGUUCCCCAAUCGCGGCCCCUGUCGCCGGGGGAGCUUCUUGGCUGUACGGCACCGCGGUUCGUUGGUCUGAAAAAUGCCGACGACACGGUGACCAGCCUGGAUGCCAUGGUUUACCUGGCGGAUGGUCGCUUCCAUCUCGAGGCUGCCAUGAUCGCCAAUCCCGAGCUCCCGGCCUUCCGCUACGAUCCCUAUGCCAAGUCCUUCACUCGCGAGUACUACGAGGUCGAGGAGAUGCACUCCUAUCGCAAGCAGGCCAUCGAGCGAGCCAAGACUGCCAAUCACUUUGGUAUCAUUCUCGGCACCCUUGGUCGCCAAGGCAGCCCCAAGGUUGUGGAGAAACUCAAGACCAGCCUGACGGAGGCUGGCAAGACCUUCACCGUGGUCCUCCUCUCGGAGAUCAUGCCCAAGAAGCUGGCCAUGUUCCGCCAUGUGGACGCGUGCGUUGCCUGCCCCCGCCUGUCCAUUGACUGGGGCUACUCCUUCGACAAGCCACUGCUCACGCCGUAUGAGCUCCAUGUUACUCUGGACCAGAUCGCCUGGCAGGCCGUCUACCCGAUGGAUUUCUAUGCACGCGGCUCGCUUGGCCCCUGGACGCCGAACCAUGUGGCCGCCAAGGACAAUCAGCGAACCGGCAAGCGGCCCUUCGUCCCGCCGCAUCUGGCCAGGAGGAAGGCAGCGGCGGCCGCGGCCGCGGCGGCAUCGGCCACCACCCCGACCACGGACCCCGCCGCCUCGUCUUAGGCCUGUCUGCUUGUUGCAGUGCCUCCGAUCGGCCGCCAUGCUGACGUCGCCUCGUCUCCUGUGCAUGUUCUCCUUCUUCUUUCCUCUCCCUCCUCCGUGUCCCAUGCCCCCAAAUAGAACCCAACGAAUAUGACA